AUGAAAUACACUCUUCUAAAUUCUUUCACGGUUUUAAAACUGUGGCUGUUUGUGAAUUUAUUAGGAGUAGUGUUUUUGGAAUGUCCUUUAGGAUGGCAUCAUUAUGACAACUCCUGUUAUUUGUUCAGUACCGACAGAUAUAACUGGUUGGAUGCAGAGAGCAGCUGCCGAGCACAUGACGCCAGACUUGCAGAAGUUGUCUCUAAGAACCAAUCAGACUACUUGAUGAACAUGGCAAUUACUGUAGGGAAAGAUGAAAGUUAUUGGCUGGGAGGUAGAGAUGAUGUUAUUGAAGGAACUUGGAUCUGGGCAUCAACAGAUAAAGUCUUUACAUAUACAGAUUGGUAUCCCGGUCAACCAAACAACUAUAACAAUAAUGAAGACUGUUUGCACAUGUACGCAUCUUUUAACAUGAAAUGGAAUGAUUUUUCUUGCGCAGGUCUGAACGGAUUUGUAUGUGAAAAGAGGUAUCCAAGAACUACAAAUGAACCUGAAAUAAUCGGUUAG